UCGUGCGGCCUCGGCUUGCAGCGGCGCCAGGUGAGCUGCUCGCUGGCCGGGCGCGGGCCGAGGCGGCGGUCGGAGCCCCGGGGCCGUGCGAGCUGCACGCGGGGGGCCGCCGGGGGCGCGGGGCAGCGGCCUGAGCUGACGCCCACGGUGGUGAGGUCUGGUGUGGUGGUGAGAAUGGCGGAGGAGCAGGAGAUCACGCAGCUGUGCAAGUUACCCACGCAGCCCUCACACGCACAUUGUGUCAACAACACGUACCGAAGCGCCCAGCACUCACAGGCCCUGCUCCGAGGGCUGCUGGCCCUCCGGGACAGUGGCAUCCUCUUCGACGUGGUCCUGGUGGUGGAGGGCAGACAUAUCGAGGCCCAUCGCAUCCUGUUGGCUGCAUCCUGCGAUUACUUCAGAGGGAUGUUUGCUGGGGGCCUGAAGGAGAUGGAGCAGGAAGAGGUCCUGAUCCACGGCGUGUCCUAUAAUGCCAUGUGCCAGAUCCUGCACUUCAUCUACACCUCGGAGCUAGAGCUCAGCUUGAGCAAUGUUCAGGAGACGCUGGUUGCUGCCUGCCAACUUCAGAUCCCAGAAAUCAUCCACUUCUGCUGUGACUUCCUCAUGUCCUGGGUCGACGAGGAGAACAUUCUGGACGUGUACCGGCUGGCAGAGCUGUUUGACCUCAGCCGCCUGACGGAGCAGCUGGACACAUACAUCCUCAAGAACUUCCUGGCCUUUUCUCGGACUGAAAAGUACCGCCAGCUCCCCCUGGAGAAGGUCUACUCUCUCCUCAGCAGCAACCGCCUGGAGGUGUCCUGCGAGACGGAGGUGUACGAAGGCGUCUUGCUCUACCACUACACCCCGGAGCAGGUACAGGCGGACCAGAUCUCCCUGCUCGAGUCCCCUAAGCUCCUGGAGACGGUGCGCUUCCCCCUGAUGGAGGCUGAGGUGCUCCAGCGGCUGCACGACAAAUUGGAGCCCAGUCUGUUGCGGGAUAAGAUAGCCAGUGCCCUCCUGUACCACCAGAACGAAAGCCUGCAGCCCAGCCUGCAGGGCCCACAAACAGCACUGCGCUCGGACUUCCAGUGUGUGGUGGGCUUUGGGGGCAUCCACUCCACCCCAUCCACGGUGCUCAGUGACCAGGCCAAGUACCUGAAUCCCCUGCUGGGGGAGUGGAAGCACUUCACCGCCUCCUUCGUCCCCCGCAUGUCCAACCAGGGCAUAGCGGUUCUCAACAACUUUGUGUACCUGAUUGGGGGCGACAACAACGUUCAAGGCUUCCGAGCUGAGUCCCGGUGUUGGAGGUACGACCCGAGGCACAAUCGCUGGUUCCAGAUCCAGUCUCUGCAGCAGGAGCACGCAGAUCUAUGCGUGUGUGUUGUGGAUGGGCGCAUCUACGCUGUGGCCGGCCGUGACUACCACAACGACCUCAGCACCGUGGAGUGCUACGACCCUGCCACUAACCUGUGGACCUACGUGGCCCCGCUACAGAGGGAGGUGUACGCUCACGCGGGUGCCACGCUGGAAGGAAAGCUGUACAUCACCUGUGGCCGUCGGGGCGAGGACUACCUCAAGGAAACUCAGUGCUACGACCCCGGCACGGACACAUGGCAAGUGUUGGCUGACGGGCCCGUGCGACGGGCCUGGCAUGGCAUGGCCACCCUACUGGACAAAAUGUACGUGAUUGGGGGCAGCAACAAUGACGCAGGAUACCGGAGGGAUGUGCACCAGGUGGCCUGCUACAGCUGCACCUCUGGACAGUGGACAACCGUCUGCCCGCUCCCAGCAGGGCACGGCGAGCCUGGCAUCGCAGUCCUGGACAACAGGAUCUAUGUGCUGGGCGGGCGCUCCCACAACCGCAGGAGCCGCACGGGUUACGUGCACAUCUAUGACGUGGAGAAGGACUGCUGGGAGGAGGGGCCCCAGCUGGACAACUCCAUCUCAGGUCUGGCCGCCUGUGUACUCACCCUGCCCCGCUCCCUGCUCCUUGAGCCACACCGGGGCUCCCCUGACCACAGCCAGGCCAACCCAGACUUUGCCUCCGAGGUGAUGAGUGUGUCCGACUGGGAGGAAUUUGACAACUCCAGUGAGGACUAGGCCCAGGGCAGGUGGCAGAGGGGCCAAACCAAAGCACUUUAGCCAAGGGUACGUGGCCCUUUCGUUUUUCCACCCUCCCUCUCUUUGCUGACUUCCUGCCAUGGGGCCCCACAGCAGGUGUUUGUGGGGCUCUGAUUUCUGUGCUGGCCUUCUGCCUGCUGCCCCCUACUCCACCCCUAUAGGGCCCGACAGCCAUGACCAGCUGUCUGAGAUUCCCAGCUUCCCAUAUGGACCCUGUUUAUAAAAACCAGGCCCUUCUAAGGAAGGACCCGCAUCUUGAAAGGGGGACUUAGGCCCUUGACACCCCUGCUGAGGGCGGUAAGGGACAGGGCAAGCUGUGGGCCUGCCCAGCGACCAGGCUUCCAUGAUGAAGAGCUGCCACAGGUUUCAAGACACAGUGGCCCACAUGGCCCGACUGUUGGCCUUCCCCCGAAGCAGUCUCUUCCGACUCCACCUUGUUGACAAAUUAAAUAAAUGAUGUCUUACAAGA